AUGCUCAGUUGUGCAGACAGGAUCUAUGAGCGCUCAGCCUGGAUCCUGAACGCGGGGGCUGAGAUCUCCAUCACCCCCGAGCCUGCACAGCCCACAGAGGGGGACAACGUCACCUUGGUGGUCCACGGGCUCUCGGGGGAACUGCUUGCCUACAGCUGGUACGCGGGGCCUACCAUCAGUCUAACCUUCCUGGUGGCCAGUUACAUCGUCAGCACUGGGGAUGAGACCCCGGGGCCGGCCCACACAGGCCGGGAGGCUGUGCGCCCUGAUGGCAGCCUCCAGAUCCACGGCGCCCUGCGGGGACACACGGGCACCUACAUUCUUCAGACUCUCAACAGACAGCUGCAGACGGAGGUGGGCUACGGACACGUGCGGGUCUACGAGAUCCUGGCCCCUCCCACGGUCGUGGCCAACGGCACGGCGCUGGUAGAGCGGAGGGACACCCUUCGCCUCGUGUGCAGCAGCCCCAGCCCCGCGGAGGUGCGCUGGUUCUUCAAUGGGGACGCGCUGCCGGUUGCCGUCCGCCUGGGCCUGUCCCCCGACGGCAGGGUGCUGACCCGGCACGGCGUCCGCAGGGAGGAGGCAGGCGCCUACCAGUGCGAGGUGUGGAACCCCGUCAGCGUCAGCCGCAGCGAGCCCCUGAACUUGACCGUAUACUUUGGCCCAGAAAGAGUGGCUAUCCUCCAAGAUUCUACCACGCGUACGGGCUGCACUAUUAAAGUGGACUUCAACACAUCCCUCAUCCUGUGGUGUGUGUCCCGGUCCUGCCCUGAGCCAGAGUAUGUGUGGGCCCUCAAUGGGAAGGCCUUGCAGAACGGUCAGGACCACCUGAACAUCAGCAGCAUGACUGGGGCCCAUGAGGGCACAUACACCUGCAUCGCUAAGAACGCCAAGACUCUGCUGUCCGGCUCUGCCUCAGUGGUGGUCAAGCUGUCUGCUGCAGCUGUAGCCAUGAUGAUUGUUCCCGUACCGACUAAGCCAAUGGAGGGCCAGGACGUGACCCUGACUGUCCAGGGCUACCCCAAGGACUUGCUGGUCUACGCCUGGUACCGCGGACCCGCCUCGGAGCCCAACCGGCUACUCAGCCAGCUGCCGUCGGGGAACUGGAUUGCGGGCCCCGCACACACGGGCCGGGAGGUGGGCUUCGCCAACUGCUCUCUGCUGGUGCAGAAGCUGAACCUCACGGAUGCCGGACGCUACACGCUCAAGACCGUCACACUGCAGGGCAAGACGGACACGCUGGAGGUGGAGCUACAGGUGGCCCGUGAGUGAGCGUGGGGGGCGGGGGACUCCCGAAGCGGCCCUCUCCUCCCUCCUGUG